UUUGAACUUGGAUUUGCAGCAGGAGCCAAGCAACAGUUAGAGGAUUGACGAACUGCUCCGUGGAGUGUAGUGUAGUGCUGCUACCAUUUCUGGGCUAGCAAGUGCAGCGCCGGCCCUAGUCUUGGACGGAGGCACCAAAAGUGCGGCCUUGUUUCGGUGCUGCCCUCCUUUUGACUGCCUUCCUGACCUGCCCUCCUCCUCCAGCUUCCUCUCCCGCGGCAGCGGCGGCGGCGGCGGCGGCCAAGAAGAGCGAGGUUGGGACAGCAAUAAAGCGAGUUAAAUGCUUUGAUUGCAGAUUCUUUGACUGCUAUAGCGGCAUAGCGCCAUCCGUGGGGUGAAUUGAUCCGGGAAGCCGCUAAAAAUCACUUCCUUUAUCCACCCCAAAGAUUCUCUUCCCCUUUCCGCGUCUUUUCUACGCCACGCCUGUUGAAUCCCCCCGCUGACAUCCGUCGCCAUCGAGUUUAAUUUCUCUAGCCUUUUGGUUCUUCGAGCUGAGGAGGAGCAGGACCUUACCGAGACCACCCUGGUAAUCCAAGAAGACGUGCUGAGUCGAUGAGCAAGAAGAGCGGCGACGUGCGGUUGCAAUGCUCGGAGGCUAUGUCAGCGGAUUGGAGCUGCUGCUUCCUCUCCCUGCCACCACCUCCGGCGCCUUGUGAUGUUGAUAGCAAUGGUGGAUUCAACCUGGGAUGGGCCCUCCACCAGUCCUUCAACCCACCCGCCGGCCUCUUUGCCAGUGUCGGCCAGAAGGUGGGGGUCGGCUUCCCGGCCUCCUCCUCUAGCGCCACAUCGUCAGGAAAUCCCCGAGAUCCCUACAUGAAGUAUGCUGUCAAAACGCCCCUGCUGGGUGAAGGCGUGAAGAAGAAAGUGGUGAAGAUCAAGAUUAAGGUUGGGAAUUCUCACCUCAAGAGGCUGAUCAGUGGUGGGAUUGCAGGAGCAGUGUCAAGGACAGUUGUCGCACCUUUGGAGACGAUUAGGACACAUUUGAUGGUUGGGAGUAAUGGCAAUUCGUCUACAGAGGUGUUUGAGUCUAUCAUGAAGCAUGAAGGAUGGACUGGGCUGUUCCGUGGUAACUUUGUUAAUGUCAUCCGAGUAGCACCAAGCAAAGCAAUCGAGCUUUUUGCCUUCGAUACAGCUAAGAAGUUCUUAACCCCCAAAUCUGGGGAGGAACAGAAGAUCCCAAUCCCGCCUUCACUAGUGGCAGGGGCAUUUGCUGGUGUCAGCUCAACCCUGUGUACAUACCCUCUGGAACUAAUUAAGACACGAUUAACCAUACAGAGAGGUGUUUAUGAUAAUUUCCUCCAUGCGUUUGUCAAAAUCGUCCGUGAAGAAGGCUUCACUGAGCUGUACAGAGGCUUAACCCCAAGUCUAAUUGGGGUGGUGCCAUAUGCGGCGACCAACUACUUUGCUUAUGAUACCCUCAAGAAGGUGUACAAGAAGAUGUUCAAGACGAAUGAAAUAGGCAACGUUCAAACCCUGCUCAUUGGAUCUGCUGCAGGAGCUAUUUCGAGCACUGCCACGUUCCCUCUGGAGGUUGCGCGCAAGCAAAUGCAAGUCGGAGCUGUUGGCGGCAGGAAGGUUUAUAAGAACAUGCUUCACGCUCUCCUCAGCAUUCUCGAGGACGAAGGCGUUGGUGGCCUCUAUAGAGGACUGGGACCAAGUUGCAUGAAGCUAGUGCCUGCUGCUGGUAUUUCGUUCAUGUGUUAUGAAGCUUGCAAGAAGAUAUUGAUUGAGGAAGAGGAUGAGUGAAGCACCUGCUUAUCCUGAACGGCAGCCUCAAAAAUGGGUGUGUCGAAUUGGGUCUGCUCAUCCUAUGCUGGAUUUGAGCCACCCCUGCUUAUCCUCAUGAGAGAUCCGCUUUUGCAACUCUGACGGAGGGGCGUCUUUUGGUCUUCUUUCAAUCAACUUACCUGACCCCAAGCUCAAUAACUGUUGGUGCAGGAUUUCAAACCUUUUCUGUACUGUCUGCUUGACCUGAUACAAAAUUACAUAUAUGCUCCCAGAUAGUCCCCAGUCCUGCUUUUGGAUAUCAUACAUGUGUGAAGCACAUGUAUUGAAACUGAUCGUUGGGUCCUACAAAACCGUUGAAGUCUGCCCAUGAGCAAUCAUAAUUCACUGCUGGCAGCUGCCGCUCUCUGUAUGCUACUGUAUGAGUGCAAGGAACAUUUGUUUGUGAUUCA